UCAAAGUUCAUUAGUUUUCAAAUAAACAUUUGUCAAAAAUGUCAUCUAACGAAACUGCGAAAAAAAUACUCAAAGAAGUAAGGCCCAUACUUUCUUUACAUCGCUACGAAGCCAGACGAAGAGUCAUAAGUUUGUAUAAAGCCUGGUACAGACAGAUACCAUAUAUUAUUCAGCAUUUUGAUGUAGAAAUGACUGAGAAAAUGUGUAAGGCAAAAUUAAGAGAAGAGUUUACUAAAUAUGGCCAUAUUAAUGAUAUAAGGAUUAUUGAUAUGCUGGUCAUAAAGGGACAAAUGAACUUAAAAGAAGCCUCAGAGAAAUGGGUUACCAGAAGAGGAAUAGCCAAAUAUUUUGACGACCCGACACAAUCCAAACCGUCAAGUUUCCUUGGAAAGUUUCUAGAAGGACAUAACUAACUUAUUUUAUUAUUAAUAUGGAAUAAAUAUUACUUUUAUUUUUGA